AAAAAAAAUGAAAAAAAGAAAAAGCCAAUGAAAAGCAGCGAGAGGAUUGGGAACGAGGGAAAGAGUCUCGAGAGGAAUGCCUGAAGAAUGCAGGUAUACCUCUCGGUGUGGCCCAGCUUCAUGGAAGGUGGCAUCAUCACCAAGGCCAAGGCAAGGGUAAACUUCCUGGUGGGCGGCUUAGGACCAGGAGAAUGCUUCGUCCCCCGAUGGAGAAACCCUCUUGGUGGUCGACCUCGACCUCGACCUCGGGUAUUGACUUCUUCUGCUGCAAUCAAUGGCCUGCAGGACCAUUACGCUGUGCUCGGUAUUACUGCCACUGCUUCUUCCGCCGAUAUCAAGAAAGCUUACCGUCUUCUCGCUCGAAAGUAUCAUCCAGACGUUAGCAAGGACUCACAAGCUAGCGAGGUAUUCAAGAGUAUCCGAUAUGCAUAUGACGUGCUAUCAAACGAAGCAACAAGGGCUCAAUAUGAUGGUGCACUUAAAUUUCAGGAAGUCACUGGCAGUCCAUGGCACAGAAGCUGGACUGAUGACCCAAAUGUUGAGGAGGGGAAAAGGGUUCAUAGAUGGGCCGAAGUUAGGCAGCAGAUGUGGCGUGAGAGGUAUAGGCAACAAUUUGAUGAAAGUGAGAACUCUUCUGAGUAUGGUGAAACAGAUGAUGAGUAUGGAGAAGAAAUCUCAGAUGAUGAGAGAGGACCAUUCAGCGAGGUGCUGAAAUCAGUCUUCUUAGCUCUUUUCUUUAUGCAGACACUUGGAUGUCGAAUAUCUCUGACACUGUGCUGCCUGUCUGCAUUUCUUGAUAAGAAGCUAGAUGCAGGGUAUAAGGUGGGUUAUUUGAUUGCUUGGAUUUUGGGUGGUAAAGGGGGAAUUCUGCUCACUUUAUGCCUGUCAUUUGCAAGUUGGCUUUGUGGUAAAACCAGCAGCAGCUUUGUGGCUGUGGUUGUUGUGGCCAUGUGGGUUGGUGCGAACCUUGGACGAUAUGCUCCACUUCCACAGGGUGCACUCAUUACUCUAUUGUACAUGUCUGUCAAGCUACAAGUUGAUUUAAGCUAAGUUCAUGUAGUGAAUUCUUGCAUCUCUUUCCCAAGGAGUUGUAUAUAUAUCUUGCUCCAAGAGGCAUUUUGUGUCUUAAA